AUGGAGAAGAAGCAAUUCCAAGAACUUUGUUUAGGAAUGGAGCUUACAGGUUUACCGUUUUUGGUAGCGGUUAAGCCGCCAAGAGGCUCGUCAACGACUCAAGAAGCCUUACCAGAGGGGUUCGAAGAGCGGGUUAAAGAGCGUGGGAUCAUCUGGGGAGAAUGGUUGGACCAACCUUUGAUAUUGUCUCAUCGAUCAGUAGGUUGCUUUGUGAACCACUGUGGAUUUGGUACAAUGUGGGAGUCUUUGGUUAGGGAUUCUCAGAUUGUGCAUAUUCCGAAUUUGGCUGAUCAAGUUCUGACCACAAGAUUGUGUGCUGAGGAACUCGAGGUCUCUGUGAAGGUGGAAAGAGAAGAUUCCGGAUGGUUUUCUAAAGAGAGUGUGAGAGAUGCGGUCAAAUCUGUGAUGGACAAAGAUAGUGAGAUUGGGAAUCUUGUGAGGAGGAAUCAUAAGAAACUGAGAGAGACUUUGCUUAGUCCUGGAUUGUUGAGUGGUUAUGCUGAUAAGUUUGUUGAAACAUUGGAGAAUGAAGUCUAA